AAACCCCAAAGCCCACCACCCUGUUCCCGUCCCUCGCCGGCGAGUGCCACCUGUCUACCACCAUGCCAACCACGGCCGCCGCACGAUCCUUCUUCUCAUCGCCAGCACCACCUCCUCUCCUCCAUGCGGGAUCGGGGAUCACGGUCGCCUCCUUCCCGCGUGGAUCUCCUCCUACCAUCGCGCUCUCCCUCUCGGUCUCCGCCUCCGCCCCCACCUCGCCGUGGGCGCCGGCGGCCAACCCCAAGUACCACAACGCGAAGGUGGACGCGGGAGACGAGGACGUGGACGGGGGCGAUCUGCUGCGGCAGUUCACGCGGGAGGUGGGGCGAGCCGGCGUCAUGCACGAGGUCAGGCGGCGGCGGUGGCACGAGGACGCGCGGGACAAGCGCAAGCGAAAGUCCCGCGACGCCGCAUGGAGGCUCAGCCGCAGGCGUUUCAAGGGUCCAUAUCCAUUUGACGAUGAGCAGGAGUCGAAGGAAAGAACCACCGAUGAUGAUGCGCGUGACAACUGGGAGCUUCCUGGAGGAGAGUUUCCUUCUUUCAGAUGAACCAAGAAGCUACAUUUACUGAUGGUUUGUCAGACAAAGAAUUCCGACCAUGCAACUUCAGUUAUAUUUCUGUAGUUGCGGAGGAACUUAAACUUAUUUUGUGGGGAUCCCUAAUUCAUUUAGGAGGUAGGACUUGGCUAGGUAGGGUCAACUUCAUGCAUCUUUGGGAUUGAAAGCUCUGCUAUGAAUGUUAUGUACCUAGUAUAUCUCAAAGCACUGUGUGAGUGUGUGAUCUCUCUGGUGUGUAAUUCUGAUAGAAUCGCCAGUUUGCUGCAAUGGCUCAGUGCCAUGUGUUCUUCUAUUGGAAUAGAAUUGAUGGUUUGCUGUUGCAAAGACUUUAUCUACUCC